CACUUUUAAGACAGAUUGUUCUGUGUGGUCCUGCACUUGUGGGCUGUUUGAUUCCUUGUGUGUCCGAUUUAAAUGAUCCAAAUUCUGCUGGAGGUGGAUGAAUAAACGCGGCUGUGCUUCUGCCACUCAGGCCGAUCAUACUGUAUAUUUUGACGCGGCCACAGCUGGUUAGCUACAAGUGUGUGCAGCAAUACAAUACACCACUCCAGUCCCCUGUGAGUCCAAAUGUUUAAUUACAGCUACAAACAGCAGAUGGCUCUCUUGAGUUUUAAUUUCCGUGCCUGUGAUUGAGCAUUAGAUUAUUUUCUCGCCCCAAAACAAAGAAACAAUUAUUUAGUCUGGGGUUUUUCUGGUGUUGAACAAGCCGUGCGUUUCAGCGUUUCAGUGUCUGUGAACAGAGAGGUGCCAGGUCAGGUGCAGGAGGGAGUGGAUCUUAGGGGACGAGAGUACCGUAAAGGUUGCGAUGUCUGACUGAAGGGAAACAUUUCAUCCAUCAUGGUGCUGAGCCCAAAAUUACGUGUAGCGACGCUGUCCGUGGUGCUGAAAUCACGCGCUCAAACGGAGAGCCGGGUGAAGGAGUCGCAAUUACAACACUGUGGCACAUUGUUGGUCACAAUUAUCACAGUGGAUCCCACCCUUAUAUUAAUAUACGCUUAUUUAUUUGAGUUAUUGGGUGUAAUAAUGCAUAAUAAAGUGAUGCACCAAUGCAGCUAUACCUGUCUACCAGCUCAGACCCAGUCUUCUCUUCAGUGCUAUUUAUUGGUAAAGAAAGGUAAAAUUGGAGCUCAGUCUGCAGAUAUAAGGAUGAAAUCUCACCAUCACGGAGACCGGCUGCUCAUUCCCCUCAGGCAGGGGCUUGGCGGUCGAGAGGGAGGGGGCGGGAGGUGUAUCCUCUUCACUCCCUAACGAGUGGUUAGGACUUGUUGAUGGGAAGGAUUUGUUGAUCCGGGCUAUAUAGACUGAAGGGUCGGAACGCCGCUUCCCAUGGCUUUUCCCGUUGAACGUGGGAACGGGAACGGCACUGUCGCGGCGGCGGCACUUUGCUCCAUCCGCUUUUACGCACGGAUCGCCAUACUUGCCUCUCCCACGCAGCGGGCUCCGUGCGGGCUUCCACUGGGUCGAGCUGUGCGCUGGUCGCGGGGGGUUUAAGUUUUUGCGUGCAGCCUGUCAAACAAUGCAGACGUCAUCUCCACUGGACUCAGAUUAGCGUCGGUUCCGUUCCGUCCCCUCCCUGGCUCCUGUCAAGCCCCGCCGCCUGUUUUGUGAUUGUGGAAUAUACAGAAAAAUAUACCGAGAUCAUGAGUCGAGAGGGAGUUGGACGAUACCUUAAAUUAAUUGAUCCUGUUGCAUCAAUUUGACGCUACGCUGCUGCGUAUUUCGGUCUCCGGACGUGCGGCUGGUGAUCGGUCACCGCAGGGUCCCUGUCGCGGACCGCCUCGCGCAAACUUGGAGUUCGCUUCGCCCGGUCCGCUGAGCCCCCACUCGUGCGGCGAUCUUCGUGGGAGGCGCGCGUCUUCCGCCUGUUUGCUGCACAAACGUCUCCGUCGCGGCCGAAGCGGCGACUCCUGGUGAACUAACCUCGUCUGGACGCGAGCGACGGAAAACGGCGUGCGGGAGAGAGGGGGGGGGGAGUAGUGGGUGACGGCGCGGAGAGGAGGCUGCAGCCGGGACUGGACAUUUCAGGAGGCGAUGCCGCCGAGCGCGUUACAGACGGCGACUAAAAGCAUCCGCGUGCAGGUAUGAAGCGCCCUCAGAAUCCUCCGUGCGCGUGAGUUUUGGCGUUGUUCUCCGUCGGGACCAUGAUAAUUGAUGCACGUAUGGAUUUACGCAUGGACUGAGCUCAUUUUUUGCACCAUGUCCGAGCAUUUUUGAUGAGGAUGGCGGCAGUUGUAACAUCUCAACUAUCAUGUAGUGUUUGAGAAGAGACGAGCGCCUAAAGGAUAAAUACAUUUGACAUUUGGCAUCGCGGAACGGAGCACUUAAUCGCCACCAUGGGACUGUGACCCGCGGGUGCGGGCUCCGAGAAGCGGCUGUUUGCGUAGCCUGCGCUCCGUGCGCACACUGGACCGGGCAGUUGUGACAUUUUGAGCCAUGGCUGCUGCGAUCGCGAGCGGGCUGAUCCGGCAGAAGCGACAGGCGCGGGAGCAGCAUCUGGACCGGCCCUCCACCAACCGGCGCAGGAAGAGCCCCAACAAGAACAAGGGGCUGUGCAAUGGGAACCUGGUCGACAUCUUCUCCAAAGUGCGCAUCUUCGGCCUCAGGAAACGGAGACUACGGAGACAAGAUCCCCAGCUCAAGGGUAUAGUGACCAGGUUAUAUUGCAGGCAGGGAUACUACUUGCAAAUGAACCCCGAUGGCUCUCUUGAUGGGACCAAGGAUGACAGCAGUAAUUCCUCUUUGUUCAACCUUAUUCCAGUGGGCCUCCGAGUUGUCGCCAUUCAGUCUGUGAAGACAGGGUUAUACAUCGCCAUGAACGGGGAGGGCCAUCUGUACACAUCAGAACUCUUCACGGCCGAGUGCAAGUUCAAAGAGUCGGUGUUCGAGAACUACUACGUGAUCUACUCGUCCAUGUUGUACAGGCAGCAGGAGUCGGGGAGGGCUUGGUUCCUAGGGCUCAACAAAGAGGGCCAAGCCAUGAAGGGGAACCGGGUGAAGAAAACCAAACCAGCUGCUCACUUCCUGCCCAAGCCAUUAGAAGUUGCCAUGUACAGAGAGCCGUCGCUGCACGACGUCGGGGAGACGGUGCCGAAGGCGGCCGCGCCUCCCAGCAAAAGCACAAGCGAGCCGGCGAUGAUGAACGGAGGCAAGCCCGUCAGCAAGGCCGACAAGCCGGCCACAUAGCCGCACCCGGCCGGAGGCCAGGGCGUGGACGGAGGGCACGGCGCGGAGCGGAACGGAGGCAGGGCUCUCCCCCACGAACUCCACCCUCUCACUUCUGCGGUCCCCAACCAGGCGAAGCCCCUUUCUUUAGUUUCCUCUCUCUCCCCGCUUCGUCCUCCCUUUCGCCGGCUGUUUCAACGCAGGGUUCGGGGGGGGAGGGGAGGCGUGGGGGUCACAUCGUGAGACGGCUGACUUUCUGCAGCGACGGGGGGAGGAGGACUUCUGGUGGUGGAAUGCCUUCGGGCUCCUGUGAAACUGUGAGAGUUCCGGUGAGCGACGCGUUGCUGCCGACGCCUUCCCCCUCGCUGAGUCGGCGCGUUGGAGCGGAGUCUGUACCUGCAGAUCUAUUUUCUAUACCACAGUUCACCAGCUAUGUUCUGGGACAGAGACUGUAUAGAUAGAGUCAAUAUUUUUUACAAGUUUGUUCCCCUCUCCCUCUCUUUCUAUCUCCAGUCACGCGCUUUUCUCCUCGUCAGCCUAGACGUUAAGAAGCAUUUUGCAAAGAGAGCUGUGCGAUUUUCUACGACACACCUUCACCAACAACACACGAGAAAAGGAAACGCUGUACGAUCCAAAUUUCCUUCUUUACAAAUGCGAAUGCGCAGACGCAGACGCACGCGGAUCGUGGGCGAGCGUCUGCGAUCGUGCUUUUCUACCGCGCGCGGUGGAGGCUGAAAGCUCCCGCAAUCAUAGCUGAUGAAGUGCUAAUUGCCGCCGCUGCAAUCAAUGCGAGGAGCUCCCUGCACACGCACAUAUGCACGCACGUGCGCACACACACAUUAAACACGCGCACAUAUUCACACACAUUAAACACACACACACACACACACGUUUCCAUACACAUGUGUGUGUGGGAGCAGAGCGUAUACAUAUCACCGCGUCCCACCAGCGGCUCCGGCCGCCUUCUCUGGUAAAAACCAAACCUGAAGUCUAUUUUUCUUUAACCUGAUUUCGGAGCGUGGGCUCCAGGAAUAUGUCUAGGCCUUGUAGGCCCCGUCCCUCACUCGCUGACUCCUUGGGGCCGCGAGGCAAAAGGCUCGUGGCUCUGACCCAGAUGGGCUCUAACUGCAGCACGGCAGCCAUCUCACGGCAGCGCCUGCUUAGCCAGAAAACAACAUGGCUGCAAGGCGACAUUUGUACUGGCUGCGUCCCUGUUUGGUUCAGCAAACUGAAGCAUGGCCAAGGUUAAUAUUGUGUUCUCUCUUCUCGCAGCAGUUAUAUAAGAGAUGGCUUCUAUUGUAACAUUUUCACUGUAUAACAUUUCGGGGAAAUGACUAUUAAAGAUCCUGACUAGAUAAUAUUAUAAUGAUUAUUAUUGAGAGGAUUUGUGUCCUAGCUCAGCAUGCAGAGUCCAGUACUGAUCAUCUUGGCCUAUCACGUGCCUGUUUGGACCUUGAUUCCCGGCAUGCAAAAACAGGUUCCCAGUCCCCACUGGGCCAAAGGUGCCUCACCCACUCGAUACAUCCAUGUAGAGGACGUAGCAUUAUCCAUCGACCGACCGCGCUCAGAUGUAUUCAUUCUGAAAUGACCAAAGUCUUAUGUCAUCCCAAGAAGAGCUGUUUCCUCUUCUUAAGAAAAAAUAAAUAAACGACACCACGAAACAAAUCAGAUUCUCUCCGAUUCAACUCAUCAGCUUUCACUGUGACGGCAUCCGUUGUGUCUGGAGCUCGGACCGGCCGACGUCUCGGGCCGGCGUCAUUUUAGAGGAGUGCGUAUGUCUUGAAUUGUUCACGUGCAUGUAUUUUCUAUGAGGAACGAGGCUGUUUUUCAGGCCGGAGCCGGCUGUCGCCGGUGACCGGGCAUGUUGUAGGCUGCCGACCUGAAGAGAACCCACUGCAGUUUCUGUUCCUGCGUUUCCAUCACGACUGUUAGCAGUUUAUCAAAUCUAUAUCUAAUCAGUCGUUUAUAACGUUUGUCUUGCUUUAAUGAGUUUCCUACUACUAUUUUUCCUAAGGUUUAGAGUGUUAGGUAGAUUGUUGCUGCUGUAUGCUGCUAAACUGCAACUAUAUGAAGAAACUGAUUUAAGUUCAUUGGGAUCCAUUACUUGCUACAGUACACGAGCGGGACUUCUAUAUUUUUCUGUACAAAGCUACUCGGAAGCACCCGCGCGUGCUGCACUCGUAUGUGGGGCCGGUGUCGUAUGUGGGUCCUCGUUCCCGUCCAUCGUCCCCCUCUCAAUGUCUUUUUUCCUCGCGUGACGCGUCACAGUAACGUUCUGGCAGAUGUAAUUUCUCCAUCCAUUCGGUUACUUACUUUGUGCAUUGUCCCAUCUGUUGCAUGGGGAGAGGAUGGCAUUGAUGAACUGCAUGUAAUAGGCUAUGUCUAUCAAGAACUGUUGGUAUACAGUAUAGCGCUAAUUUUACAUACAUAUAUGCAACGAGUUUGUCUACACUAUACAGUUUGUGUUGGUUGUAUACACAUAUACAACAUAUUGAAUCAAAUAUUUAUAUAAAGGUGUACUGUAACGUCAGUAACAAACUUAAUGCAAUAUAGUGUGCAGUAUAUUAUUGCACCUGUCAUUCCUGAUGGGACAGACUAAACAGAGGGGUUGGCUAGUGUAAGCAUGAAAAAGGCCAAAGUAGAAUUUACAUCCAAUUUUCUUUGUGGCGACUUCCUGGUCCUGAUGUCGAUGCAGAUCUCAUCCCCCGACGCCGCCUCACGGAGUGACACGGACGCCCAGCAUGCGAAUGCCCUUCCUCUUCGUUCGACCUGAUCACCUGAUGUGUGUGAGUUGACUGGUGUGAGAAAUGUCCAUCAUGUACCGUCAGUACGUCGUGGGGUUUCAUAGCGGUUCGCUUUCCCAGUGGAGAAGAACAGGCACUAUUGAGAUGAUUUAUUUUCAGAGGAUAUAUAUACCAUUGCAAGUAUGCCCAUUGGAGUUAUGUCAUGUUAUAACGAAUUUGUAACCAUGUAUGAUUAAGGUCUUCGCAUUGUUUUCCAUGCAAAAUGUUGUGUAAUGCAGCACAUUUAAUGUUUUAUUAUUAAAAAGAAAUAAAAAAACUCAAACAGUGA